AUGCCUCGAAGGAGAAAGCCUCCGCGCGCAGGCGCACUAUCAGAGCUGCAACCCCUCAAGAUUGCCACGCAAAUAGCUACCCUCCAAGCGCUAUACUACGUAACAGCCGGCAUCCUCAUGCUCUUUACGGCUCUAGUCGCAGGCAUGGGCUUCAGCGUCGACAUGAUACUAGGCUGGGACGGUGUCCGUGGCGACACGACACGGGGAUGGUUAUUAUCAUUCAUAUGGCUAAUCGACGGUGGUCUCUGCAUGGCCGUCGCCAUCGUCAUCCUCAUCGCAAGAAGCAAACUCGUGCCCGACUUCGCCCUGACGAUCCACUUCCUCCACCUCCUCUUCACAACGCUAUACACCCGCUCCCUCCCCAGACACUCCAUGUGGUGGAUGACCAUGAUGGGGUCUGCAGCCAUAGCCGUCGCCCUGGGCAUAUGGGGCUGUCGGUACCGCGAGCUGCAACCCGUCUUUUUUGGAGGAGGGCGAAUCCUCGGCUCGAGUUCCACGCCUGCCGCGUCGAAUAACCAAGUUGCUGCGGAGGAGGGCCAGGCUGGCAUCGAUGCUGAGGCCGGCGACGAAGGCUUCGCAAGGGGAAGAGGGAGGGGACGUGGCAAGGAUGGAGGAGGCGAGUAUGAAAUGGUGGAGAUGAAGCAGGCGAAGGACUAG